CGUUUCUGGGAUGGAAAGUGCAAUCAUAUGGUGCAAAGGUCGCUGGUAAAUUGUGGCCGACGAAAAACUUCCAACAUAAGUAAUUCUCAUGUAGUAUCUUAUUACAGAAGCAUCGAAUUGCAAUGAAAACAUUCUUGGAGUCAUAAAUCAACGGGGGCGAAUACUGAAGAUUUGGAGAUUUCAGCAUUUGUGAGGAUUUUAGAGCUUCGUGGAACCCGAUAUUCUGUGACGGAAGGUCACCAUUUGACUAGGCCGUCUGCUACGCUGUUUUCGUCGUUGUAAAGUUGCAAGUGAAACCAGAGAUCCCGGCUGUUUAGAAUAUUAAUAUAUAACUAGUUCAAAAAAGAUGGGAGAGAGCAAUCCACUGCGAGAGCCUGAUCUUGGAAAGUUUGCAAUGCCAUGCCUGAAUAAUGAUGAUGGACAUGUAAACGAAGCAUCAAGGUUGAUUAAGGAUGCACACAUUACAAAUGAUCACACAAUGGCUUCUCCACCAAAAGAAUCCAGAGAGAUAAGUGACUAUUGCCUGGAAUGGAGUCAUGAAGCACAUAUGAAUGCUGGCGUUGCCCCUGAACAGAACAGACACACCUCGCAACCUACAAUCCCAUUUCUGGAUAACUGUGAUUCAGCCAUGUCCUUUACUGACGGAAACGAUGAACAUCUUGAGCUGGAGGACAUCAUGAAAGGAAAUGAUUACUCAAAAAAGAGAAGAAGAUCUGGUACCAACGACAAGCAGGGUGAUGCCUUGCCCCCUCUUGUCAUCAAAGACUUGUCUAUUUCUCCAACAGAAAGAGCUAGACGAAUGCACACUGUCGGUUUGGCAACUCAGGAUCAGCUAACCAACGACUUUCAACGAGAUGAUGAUAUCGAGAGCCUUGAUCUUGGUAUGGAGAAGGAUAACGUCGAAUUUCUUGAUGAAUACCUAACAGAUGAGAAAAAUACAUGGAGCUACUCACAUCUCCUAAAGGCACACGCUUGCUAUGACAUCAUACCAAACAGUUCAAAGAUUGUUGUUUUUGAUACAAGAUUAAGGGUGAAAAAAGCUUUUUUUGCACUGGUCCAUAACGGCAUUCGCGCUGCACCUGUAUGGGAUGCCCAAAGACAUGAGUUUGUGGGAAUGUUAACCAUAACGGAUUUCAUAAACAUCUUGAGAUGCUAUUACAAGUCGCCAUUGGAAAGGAUGUCAGAAUUAGAGGAACACAAGAUUGAGACUUGGCGAGAACUAUCAAACAGUGACUUGAAGCCAAAGCUUAUUCGGAUAUCACCAACAGAAAACUUACAUGAGGCUGUUCAGAUGUUAAUUGAAAAUAAAAUUCACAGACUGCCUGUUAUUGACCCUGAAACUGGAAAUGCAUUAUUUAUCCUGACACACAAGAAAAUACUCCGCUAUAUCUAUAAUCAUUUUGAUGAUGUGCCUAUGCCUGAUUUCAUGGGAGAUACCUUGGAAGAACUAGGAAUUGGUACCCUGCAGAACAUUGCAACGAUACGAUCCGAGACGUCAGUGAUAGAAGCGCUGAAUAUCUUUGCUGAAAGAGGCGUCUCUGCUUUGCCAAUCGUCGACCAAAGUGGGAAAGUUGUGGACAUCUAUGCUAGAUUUGACGUCAUUAAUCUAGCAGCAGAAAGGACUUAUAAUAACCUGGACAUAACCGUCUCUGAAGCACUCUCCCAUCGUCAAGAUGGCUUUGAAGGUGUACAAAUAUGCAGAACGGAUGAGACAUUCUAUACUAUUAUUGACAGAAUAGUAAAGAAAAAGGUUCACAGACUAGUUGUGGUCGACAGAGAUCGUAUAGCACGCGGAAUCAUUUCUUUGUCAGAUAUUCUCAAUUACCUUAUUUUAAAUCCUGGAAAUGAUCCUUCUUACAUUAUGGAAUCUGCUGUUGGUAACAUGGAGUCCUAGGCUCCUGUAAACUGAACCGGGAGUGGUAUGUCAGUUUUGCUGUGGACAGUUAGUGCUAUCAAAUGUAUUGUGUAAAGUAGUUCUAAAUGCAUUUACCUCACUGUUGAAUAUCAUAUACCAUCCUCAAAUCUAAUGCUGCAGUUUUCAUCAUUUGCAUAUUACCAAGAAAAUAUAGACAAACAAGCUGGGCUUUUAGGAUACUGGACCUAUAUUUUUAGCACAAGAGUCAAUUGUAUUUGUAUUGAAGGGCUAUGUUUGAAUGUUGAUUUGGUGUUCUGUAGCAAUCAGCAAUUUUUCUGUAAACUUAUUAUUUAACAUGUUAAUUACGCAAGAACCCCUUGAAAAAAUUAUUAAGAUUAUUUACCCUUCAAUUCACUUGUAUUGAUUUUAUGAGAUUGAUUAUUAUCGAACUGGCUAGAACCCAGUGAGGAGAUGCUAAGCAGGCCUAGAAGUACAAGACCAGAUUGCCAAUCAAAAUGCCAUAUUUUAAUACAUCAUUUCCUUCGAAAGUUUCUUCAUCUCAGCCACUGUGAUGUGUUAUGCACUUGGCUAAAUGAGCUGUUUUCAUGCAGCAUUGUGAUCCUAUAAUGUAACACCAACACCAUAUUAAAGAUUUUACCAGGAGUAUUUAUUUAGCUAGGAAAGUCCUUAGACUGUACCAUCCAUAGAAUGUACUUUUUUCCUAGACAUUUCCAUGUGUAAUGGAAAAACAUGCACAGUUUUUAUUUGGUAUUGUUAGCUUCAUUUUUAUUUUUGAUAGUAUGUACUGCUAUUGAUUCUGUGUUAAGAUCACAGCACUUCUUGACACAAGAAUUAUAGCUUCAGUUCCCAGAUUUAGUUGCAUGUAUUCUGGAUUUAACACAAUAUAACAGAAAAGCAACUUAGUUGAAUUAACUAUUCAUUGGUAAUGGUUGAGGGAUUUUUGCCUUCUUUGACUAGUUAUCAUUUGCAACAGUCAAAUAGCUAUCCAGGUUAUUUAGAUGAAUGAUGAUUAUAAAUUUUUAAGUCACUAGUGGGUAUUCAGGAACCUUGAAAAAUAAUUUUUUUCAAAGAAAGUUAUGAAGUGGUUAAAAUAACAUGGAACUCAGGGAUCUUUUACAAACUAGCUCCAGUCUAUCUUUUAGCGUAGUUGCAAUCUUGCUACUAUUCCUUGUCAGCUUUUUACCUGGAAAGACAAAGCCUACCCCUUUCUUUAUAGAUGGAGGCAUACUGGAGACCUUGUUGCAGUUUAUUGCCUGCACACUCAAAUUUUCCAUCUGUGCACAUUUGAAUCUUGGCCGCGCAAAGUCUCUCUUUGAUAAAAUUUUACAUUAUUACUUCUACAGAUUUCUAUAUGUGCAUGAUUUCAGGCGCCCCAGAAUGUACUUUAUUGCACAAUAAAGUGCAUGUACUUCCAGUCUGGAGUUGGAGUGAAUGAAUGCUACCCAGUGAGAUGAAUGAUUGAAUGAAAUAAUUUUUAAUAUUUGUUGUAGCAAAUUUAAAUUAAAAGUAGAUUUGUAAAUUAACCAGGAGUUACUACCUUAAAUCAUUUUGCUGAACGGCUAUGUGUGGAUAGAGACUAGGUAUGAGUGCUAGAAAUGGUAUAAUAUGUUCAUUUUUAGAAAAUAUCUAGAGUGAA